AUGCCUUCUAAAUUAACUGUAUCUGCAAACGGAGACUUCACCGAUGAAGCCGGUAAUGUCAUCGUUCUCAGAGGGGUCAAUUUUGAUCCAAGUAUUAAAAAUCCAACGAAACCUGUGGACUCUACACAUGUACCCGCAGAUAAUGUAUUUUAUGAAAGUCACGCUUCUGUCAGUUUUGUAGGGCAUCCAAUCCCUUUAGACCAGGUGGAAGUUCAUGUCAGUCACUUUAAAUCUCUCGGUUAUAAUUGUAUCAGAUUUCCAUUCACUUGGGAAGCUCUCGAACAUGAGGGACCCCACAAAUAUGACUACGAAUAUAUGGACUACUGUAUCGACGUUUUGAAGAAGAUUAUGGAACUGGACGGAAUUUAUGUCUAUCUUGACCCUCAUCAGGACGUCUGGUCGAGAUAUUGCGGAGGUUCUGGUUCACCAUACUGGUCUCUAUUAGCUGCUGGGUUUCAGCCAACUAGAUUCAAAGAUACUCAUGCUGCUCUUUUACAAGGAUAUCAUAUGGAUCCCAUUACCGGGAAAGAAUCCAUCAAGGAGCCCUAUCCAAAGAUGGUCUGGGCUACUAACUACUACAAACUAGCUGCUCAAACAAUGUUUACCUUAUUUUUUGCAGGUAAGCAAUUUGCUCCAAAAUGUGUUAUUAAUGGUUUAAAUAUCGAGGAUUAUUUACAAGAGUGCUACAUGGAUGCAAUUAUGACUUUUUACAAAAGAAUUCAAGAAAGAGCACCAGAACUAUUUACUAGCAAUACUGUUAUUGGUUUAGAAAGUAUGAAUGAACCCAAUGAGGGGUACAUUGGUGAAACAAAUUUAGGUGCCAUUGGUAAGGAGAGAACUUUCAAUGUUGGCUUAACACCAACAGGAUUUCAGAGUCUUAUUAUGGGUGAAGGUUUUGAUACAAUUAUUGACGUAUACGAGUCUUCAGUAUCCGGGCCUCAUAAAGUUGGUACCAAAAACUUCAAGUGCAAUGGUAAGAAGGCUUGGUUAAGUUCGGAAGAAAGAGACGUCGUUGACGCUAAGUAUGGUUGGACUCGUAACCCAGAUUGGAAAGCUGGAGAGUGUAUUUGGAAACAGCACGACGUUUGGGAAGUAGGCACAGAUGGUAGGCCAAACUUGCUGAUUCCAGAUUAUUUUUCAAAGUCAACUUCUCCAGGAGAACGUAUUGAUAUUGUCUAUUUUAUUAACACGCAAUUCAUCAACUACUACAAGAGACUUUAUCACAAAUUUAGAGCCAUUGAUUCCGAGCAUUUUAUUAUAGCCCAACCAACAGUCUAUCAAGUUCCUCCAAAAUUGACAGACUAUGGCGUUUUAGAUAAUAAAACUAUAUGUGCCUCCCAUUUUUACGAUUUCGUAUCGUGGGUCAUGAAAACCUGGAACACUGAAUUUAAUUUUGAUACGAUUAAGCAAGUUCGUAAUGAAUGUACUCAUCCAAAGGAUGUUCUCGUCGAAGGUGAAGAUGCCAUUAGAAACGUUUUUAGAGAGCAACUAAAACGUAUGAAGGAUGAGAUUACAGAUAUUGUGGGUAACAAUAUUCCAUUAAUUUUUACAGAGAUAGGUAUGCCACUUGACAUGGAAGACAAGAAAGCAUACAGAAACGGUGAUUAUUCCACACAGACCAAGGCUAUCGAUGCUUUGCAUUACGCUCUUGAAAGUAAUAAUCUCUCAUACAGUUUCUGGUGUUACUGUUCUGUAAAUUCACAUGAAUGGGGUGAUGAUUGGAAUAAUGAAGAUUUUUCAAUUUGGUCUCCAGACGAUAUCAAGUUUCCUGUUAAACCUUUACCUGAUAUCUCUUUGGAGAGAAUUGACAGUUCCAUCCAGACAAAAUCAUUAAUCUCAGAUUUUGCAGUUUCGCCUGUAAUGAAGAAAGAAAAAGUGAAUCUAAGUGGAUACCGGGCAAUUGAUGCUUUAGUAAGACCCUUUCCUAUUAAAAUUUCUGGUUUCUUCUCUCAUGCUGCGUUUGAUUUACCAUCGAGAGCUUAUUCUUUAUCUGUUAUAGGCAAGGAAGCUGAUUCUUCCACAUAUAUAUACUUGCCCUCUUAUCAUCUUCCAAUUGAUAAGGUUACAGUUGACAUUUCUACAGGAAAAUUAGAAUUUGAUCCUGAAUACGAUAUUUUGAAGUGGGAACAUGGUGCUGGGGAGCAAACAUUAAAUGUUAUGGGAAAUUACUAA